AUGAUUAAAUUAAGGGAAUAGGAGUCAGAUUUUUUAUGUUCAUAAUAACAUUAAAGACCCAUAGUAGCAAUCUCCCUAACCUAAAGUUCGUCUUCAUAAAAUAGAUUCUUAUGCGCUGAUUGUAUCAAAAAUUUUGAAAAGAAUAUCACGACCAUGGGAUGGAGGACAGCGAUUGAAAAAAUUGAAUCUGAAUUAAAAUAAAAACAUAAAGUAAUUGAAACACUUAUCACUCCAUUUCUUAAAUUGCUUAAAGAAUUUCAAAGUGAUCUAGAAUAAUUUAGAAUUGUCAUUUCAAAAUAAAUAGAUCAAGUGCUAUCGAUAGUCAACUCAUGGUAGUAAGAUUUGCAUAACGAAAAAUAAAAAUUGGUUGAUUACAAGUUUCUUGAAGAGUUGGAAUAUAUCGUACAAAAAGAAAUUACAUAAAAAAGUAGUCAAUAAUUCGAAGAUAAAAUUAGAAUUCAAAUAAAGGAAUUAUAAUCUAAGUGGAUUGCUCAAGUAGAAUCAAAUUUAUCCUCAUUAACAAAAUUUGAUUAGUUGAACUCUUGUUAAGAGAAAUUAAAAUUGAUUGAUAAAUAAGGAAAGAUUUAAAUAAUUAAGUUAAAGAAAGAAUUGGAGUUGCCAUUAAUAAAAUUGGAUACAACUGAAAAUGGAGUUUAAUAUUACUUGUAUGAUACAAAUUAAAAAAGUAUAAGCCACAAUUAUAAAACAGUAAUUUUUAUUGGGUAGAAGGACUAAGGAAAAACUACAUUAAUAGAUGCAUUUGUAAAUUAUUAUUUUGAUAUUAAAUUCGAUGAAAAUUUUAGAUUAAGGGUUUCAAAUAAUGAGCCAACUUCAAAAGCUACAUAUUACAUGAUUCCUCCAUAUGGCUCAAGAAUAUAUGGAUUUUGCUUGAUUGAUACUCCAGGUUUUUUCAAUAAAAACGAUUCAGAAAUAAUGAAUUUAAUAAUUAACUUAAUCCUCAAUUGUUAAGAUCAAUUGACAUUAGUAUUUUGUUUAAAAGCAGAAUCUAGAAAUGCUUAAGAAUCAGUCUAAACUUUAUAAGAAAUUCUUGCAGUGACAGGAUAACAUCAAGAAAUCAAAUUAGUUAUUGCUCGUACUUUCUUUUCAAACGAAAAUAUCAAUACUAUUAAUAAUGAAGAAGAUUUAUUUCUUAAUGAAUUGGAAGAGUCUUACAAUUUUGAUAUUAAUGCAAAUAAUGUAUUAAGAAAGAAUUAAAGCAAUAAAAUAAUGUUUAACAAAAGUAUGGAAAAAUUAAAAUAGAUUGAAUUUUAGGAGUAAAAUCUAUCUCUUUCUGUUAAAAUGUAGCUUGUGUCAAAUAAGGUAUCUAAUAACACAAACUAUUCGCAUAUAUUUUAUUAAAGUUACAAAUAACUAAAAUAGUUAUUCCUACAAAAUGUUCAGAUCUAUAAUAAAAAUAAACAAUAAUAAUAUCUGAAUAAUAUGAUAACACUGUUUUAUCUAAAGAGGGUUGAAAAGCAAGUUAAUACCUUUUAGUUUAAUUGUGAUUAUCAUUUAUUAACAUGUUUAUCUGGUUUCCGAAAUCAAAUAAAUGCAGAGGAUUGUUGGGCUAUCCUAAAUAAUUAAUGCAUUUGUGGAUGCACAAAAGAACGAAUUUCCCUCAAUAAUCAACAAAUAUCAUAUGAGGAAGAAAGCACAAUCACUUAUAAUGAUGAAGUUUAUUAAGAAAAUAAGCUCAUCAAUAAAUUGGCUUUAAGAAGGAUAUUUUAUUUCCUUUUCAAACUUUUUAUAUAUAAAUCAUAAAAUCAGCAAGUCAAAUAAAGUUAAUUUUUCGAGAUACUCAAGAAAGAGGAACAAUUCAAAGAUAAUAUUGAUUUAGAAUUAUGUUAAUAGGUAUGCUUAGGAUAGGAAAGCAUGUAAUAAAAUGUCCAGUAAAAUUAAUAACAAUACAAGAUUCAAAACAAUAAUCAAUAUUUGUAAUAGCAUUUAGCUCUAAAUACUUAUGCUAUACAAAAUUUACCAUAAACGUAAGUUUUCAAUAAUGAACAAUAUACACCAUAACGAAUUCAAUAAAACAAUUAAUAAAAUUUUUUUUUCAAUAACUAGCAAUAGGCUCAGAUGCCUCAAAACGCACACUAAUUAAUUGAUAAAUAAGGAAAGUUUUAAUAGUAUCCAAUUAUCAACAGACCUAAUCCCUCACCUGGAUAAAAUAUAUUAACUUUCUAUCCAACACCAAAUAAUUAAGGGCCUGCCCAAAAUGCUAUGAGAUUUUGA